AUGGAGUUUCACAAAGGAGAGAAAGUAGAAGUAUGCAGCAAACAACAAGGCUUUCUCGGGUCAUAUUAUGCGGCGACUGUGGUCAAGAAACUUGACACCGAUUCUUAUGCAGUGCAGUACGAGAACUUAGUGGAAGAGGAAGAUAUGUCUAAGUUGCUGAUAGAGAGAGUGUCUGCUGAUGAGGUGAGGCCAGUGCCACCGAGGAUCAAAUUUGGAAGUGGGUUUUCUAUGUUUGAUAAGGUUGAUGUUUUUGACAAUGAUGGGUGGUGGGUUGGCAAGGUUACUGGACGGAGAGGGUCUCUGUAUUUUGUGUACUUUGAUACUACAGGGGAGGAGAUUGCCUACCAUGUUUCAAAGUUGAGGAUUCACCUGGAUUGGGUUAAUGACAGUUGGGUUUCUUCAAAGAGGAUGGUUUCUUGA